AUGGCUGCUACUACUGGCGCUGUGAUUACCCCGGCCUCAAUCCCCGUUCGGGGUGGCAGUGACCGUCUCAUGGCCCUGGAGCUGGAGGACGGUACUGUCUACCAAGGUUACAACUUUGGUGCCGAAAAGAGUGUCUCCGGCGAAUUGGUCUUCCAAACUGGAAUGGUUGGCUACCCUGAGUCCAUCACUGAUCCUUCAUACCGUGGUCAAAUCCUCGUGGUCACCUUCCCAUUGGUUGGUAACUACGGUGUGCCCUCACGAGAGGAGAUGGAUGAGGUCCUCCAGAGCCUGCCAAAAUACUUCGAGUCGAACGAGAUCCACGUCGCCGCUCUCGUCGUGGCUGCAUACGCUGGAGAGGACUACUCUCACUUCUUGGCCAAGUCUUCUCUGGGCCAAUGGCUCAAGGAACAGGGCGUCCCCGCCAUUCACGGCGUUGACACUCGUGCAUUGACCAAGCGUAUUCGUCAAAAGGGUAGCAUGCUGGGUCGUCUUCUGUUCCAGAAGUCUGGCGAUGCUAACAGCAUCGUUGCUGCCUCUGAGGCCGGCAAUUGGAAAUCACACUUUGAGGAGAUCGAAUGGGUUGAUCCAAACACAAAGAACCUUGUUGCCGAGGUUUCCAUCCGUGAACCCCGUCUCUACACGCCCCCAGCGGACGUUGCUCUCAAGCACCCGUCCGGUCGCACUGUCCGUGUUCUGUGCUUGGAUGUUGGUAUGAAGUUCAACCAACUGCGUUGCUUGCUCUCCCGUGGCGUUGAGGUCAUGGUCGUUCCAUGGGAUUAUGACUUCCCCGCCCUUGCUGGCAAAGACUACGACGGUCUGUUCGUCUCGAACGGUCCUGGUGACCCUGCGACACUGACUACCACCGUCAACAACCUUGCAAAGACCCUAAAAGAAGCUCGCACCCCUGUCUUUGGUAUUUGCUUGGGUCACCAGUUGAUUGCCCGCUCCGUCGGCGCCACCACCAGCAAGAUGAAGUUCGGUAACCGCGGUCACAACAUUCCCUGCACAAGCAUGAUCUCUGGCAAGUGCCACAUCACCUCUCAAAACCACGGUUAUGCUGUUGAUGCUUCCAGCCUUCAGAAUGGCUGGGAGGAGCUUUUCGUCAACGCCAACGAUGGGAGCAACGAGGGUAUUCGCCAUACCUCCCUCCCCUUCUUCAGCGUUCAGUUCCACCCCGAGAGCACUCCCGGUCCCCGGGAUACUGAGUACCUGUUUGAUGUCUUCAUCUCCACUAUCCAGAACACUCUUGCAUCUGCAGCUGCCCUGACAAAGCCCGUGGAGUUCCCCGGUGGUCUCAUCGAGGACAACCGCAAGGCUGCCCCUCGUGUGUCUGUCAAGAAGGUCUUGGUCCUUGGAAGUGGUGGUCUGAGCAUUGGUCAGGCUGGUGAGUUUGAUUACUCUGGUAGUCAGGCUAUCAAGGCUCUGAAGGAAGAAGGUAUCUAUACCAUCCUGAUCAACCCCAACAUUGCAACUAUCCAGACCUCCAAGGGUCUGGCUGACAAGGUGUACUUCCUGCCUGUCAAUGCCGAUUUCGUUCGCAAGGUCAUCAAGCACGAGCGUCCAGAUGCCAUCUAUGUCACUUUCGGUGGUCAGACCGCCCUUCAGGUUGGUAUUCAACUCAAGGAUGAGUUUGAAGACCUUGGUGUGAAGGUUCUGGGUACUCCCAUUGACACCAUCAUCACUACCGAGGAUCGUGAGCUGUUUGCUCGUAGCAUGGAUUCUAUCAACGAGAAGUGUGCUAAGUCUGCUUCUGCCUCAACCAUCGAAGAGUCGAUGCAAGUUGUCGAGAGCAUUGGUUUCCCUGUCAUUGUGCGUGCUGCUUAUGCACUCGGCGGUCUCGGCAGUGGUUUCGCUGAGGAUAUGGAUCAGCUGAGAGAUCUUUGCACAAAGGCUCUGGCUGUCAGCCCCCAGGUCCUGAUCGAGCGCAGUAUGAAGGGCUGGAAGGAAAUUGAGUACGAAGUUGUUCGUGAUGCUCAGGAUAACUGUAUCACCGUUUGCAACAUGGAGAACUUCGAUCCUCUUGGUAUUCACACUGGUGACUCUAUUGUCGUUGCUCCUUCCCAGACGCUCUCUGACGAGGACUACAACAUGCUCCGUACAACUGCCGUGAAUGUCAUUCGCCAUCUUGGUGUUGUUGGUGAAUGUAACAUUCAGUAUGCCCUCAACCCAUUCUCCAAGCAGUAUUGCAUUAUCGAGGUUAAUGCCCGUCUAUCUCGAUCUUCCGCCCUUGCUUCCAAGGCCACUGGUUACCCUCUGGCAUUCAUUGCCGCUAAGCUUGGUCUCGGUAUUCCCCUGAACGAGAUCAAGAACUCAGUCACAAAGUCUACUUGCGCUUGCUUCGAGCCUUCGCUCGACUACUGUGUGGUUAAGAUUCCCCGCUGGGAUCUGAAGAAGUUCACUCGUGUCUCUACUCAGCUGGGUUCAUCCAUGAAGAGUGUUGGAGAAGUGAUGAGCAUUGGCCGAACUUUCGAAGAAGCCAUUCAAAAGGCUAUUCGCUCCGUGGAUUUCCACAACCUUGGAUUCAACGAGACCAGCGCCCUUAUGUCUAUCAAGGGCGAGCUUCAGACUCCUUCUGACCAGCGUCUGUUCGCUAUUGCCAACGCGAUGGCUGCUGGCUACUCUGUUGACGACAUCUGGAAGUUGACGAACAUCGAUAAGUGGUUCCUUAGCCGCUUGAAGGGUCUCAGUGACUUCGGGAAGUCUUUGACUGCAUUCAAUGCCAACUCUGUGCCUGUUCCUAUGAUCCGUCAGGCUAAGCAACUUGGUUUCUCUGAUUCUCAGCUUGCCAAGUUCCUGAGCUCCAACGAGCUGGCUAUUCGCCGCAAGCGUGUUGAGGCUGGUAUUACGCCUAUUGUGAAGCAGAUUGAUACUGUCGCCGCCGAAUUCCCCGCUGUCACCAACUAUCUGUACCUCACCUACAAUGCAUCUGAGCAUGAUCUCAAAUUUGAUGAUCAUGGUAUCAUGGUUCUCGGCUCUGGUGUUUACCGUAUCGGUUCUUCAGUCGAGUUCGAUUGGUGCUCAGUGCGUACCAUCCGCACUCUGCGUGAGCAAGGUCACAAGACUAUCAUGGUUAACUACAACCCUGAGACCGUCAGUACCGAUUAUGAUGAGGCCGAUCGUCUCUACUUCGAGAACAUCAACCUCGAGACUGUCCUUGAUAUUUACCAACUUGAGACCUCAAGCGGUGUUAUCAUGUCUAUGGGAGGUCAGACUCCUAACAACAUCGCCCUGCCUCUGCAUCGCCUGAACGUCAACAUCCUUGGUACUUCACCUGAAAUGAUUGACGGAGCCGAGAACCGUUACAAGUUCUCGCGUAUGCUUGACCGCAUUGGAGUUGACCAGCCCGCUUGGAAGGAAUUGACCAGCAUUGACGAAGCCCGCGAGUUCUGUGACAAGGUCAGCUACCCUGUGCUUGUCCGUCCAUCUUACGUGCUUUCUGGUGCUGCCAUGAACACUGUCUACUCCGAGCACGACCUGGCCAAUUACCUUAACCAGGCUGCCGAUGUGUCUCGCGAGCACCCUGUCGUCAUUACCAAAUACAUCGAGAACGCUAAGGAAAUCGAGAUGGAUGCUGUUGCUCGUAACGGUGUUAUGGUCGGUCACUUUAUCUCAGAGCACGUUGAGAAUGCUGGUGUGCACUCUGGUGAUGCCACUCUCAUCCUGCCCCCUCAGGACUUGAGCCCCGAGACAGUACGACGCAUUGAGGAGGCCACCCGCAAGAUCGGUAACGCUUUGAAUGUCACCGGUCCUUACAACAUUCAGUUCAUUGCCAAGGACAACGAUAUUAAGGUCAUUGAAUGCAACGUUCGUGCCUCGCGUUCGUUCCCCUUCGUUUCCAAGGUCAUGGGUGUUGAUUUGAUUGAAAUGGCUACCAAGGCCAUGCUUGGACUCCCAUUCCAAGAGUACCCCCCUGUCAGCGUUCCCAAGGACUAUGUCGGUGUCAAGGUUCCUCAGUUCUCCUUCUCGCGUCUUUCUGGCGCUGACCCCGUUCUUGGUGUUGAGAUGGCCUCCACCGGUGAGGUUGCCUCAUUUGGUCGUGACAAGUACGAGGCUUAUCUCAAGGCUUUGUUGUCCACUGGCUUCCGUCUCCCUAAGCGCAACAUCUUGUUCUCCAUCGGUUCUUACAAGGAGAAGCUUGAGAUGCUGCCUUCAAUUCAGAAGCUUCACAAGCUUGACUACAACCUGUUUGCCACUUCUGGUACCGCCGAUUUCCUGAAGGAGAACGGUGUCCCCGUCAAGUACCUUGAACUUUUGUCCGGUGAGGAUGAGGCAGACAUCAAGUCGGAGUAUUCCUUGACCCAGCACUUGUCCAACAACCUGAUUGAUCUGUACAUCAACUUGCCAUCCAACAACCGCUUCCGUCGCCCUGCCAACUACAUGUCCAAGGGUUACCGCACCCGUCGUAUGGCUGUCGACUACCAGACUCCCCUGGUCACCAAUGUCAAAAACGCCAAGAUCUUGAUUGAGGCCAUCGCUCGCCACUUCCCUCUGAACAUCCAAACAUCUGACUUCCAGACCAGUCACCGCACCGUGGUUCUGCCUGGUCUGAUCAAUAUUGCCGCCUUUGUUCCUGGCCUUGCCACAGCUGGCUCCAAGGACUUCGAGGCAGUCACCAAGGCUUCCAUUGCCGCUGGUUUCAGCAUGGUUCGUGUUAUGCCUGUUGGUGUCGACAGCUCGGUCACCGAGGCUGGCGACCUGAAGAUUGUUCAGCAGAAUGCUCAGGACAAGUCCUACUGUGACUUCAACAUUUCUGUUGUUGCCACUGCCAACAACUCUGACCAGAUCACCCAGAUCACCGGUGAAGUUGGCUCCCUGUUCAUUCCCUUCAACCACCUGUCUGGCAACAUCAACAAGGUGGCUACAGUUACCAACCACUUCUCUGCCUGGCCCUCAAACAAGCCUUUGAUCACUGAUGCCAAGGGCACUGACCUCGCUUCGAUCCUGCUUCUGGCCAGUCUGCACAGCCGUAACAUCCACGUUAUGAGCGUGACAUCUAAGGAGGAUAUCAACCUCAUUGCUCUGAGCAAAGAGAAGGGAUUGAAGGUGACUUGCGAUGUUUCCAUCUAUUGUCUGUUCCUCUCUCGGGACGAUCACCCCGCCUGCAGCUCCUUGCCCUCUGCUGAAGACCAGAAGGCUCUCUGGGAUCACCUAGCUACCAUCGAUGUCUUCUCAAUUGGCAGCAUUCCAUUCCAGCUUGCUGGUAAGGAGGCUUCUCCUGAGGCUGGUAUCGCUGAGGCACUCCCACUGCUCUUCACCGCUGUCUCUGAGGGUCGUCUCACCGUUGAGGACGUGACCGCUCGCCUGUACGAGAACCCUAAGAAGAUCUUCGAGCUGCACGACCAGGCCGAUGCCUCCCUUGAGAUUGAGGUCGACCGCCCGUAUGUCUUCCAAGGCCAGGCUUCGUCUCCUUUCAACGGUAAGACCAUGUGCGGCUCUGUUCAGCGUGUCAUUUUCCAGGGCAAGACCUCUUGUCUUGACGGCGAGAUUUCCAAGGAUGCCGGCAAAGGUGUGGACAUGUCUUCUCACCGAAUCGUGCCUUCUUCCCCCAUCCAAAAGCCAACAACCCCCAUGGUUCGCCCCGAGAGCUCCCUGGAGCGUCACACCUCUAUCUCCGGCACUCCUGGUCGCCGUGCUCGCGUUGCGGAAGCCUCCAUCCCCGCUGUUGGCGAGCUCGGACCUCCCUUGUACGAGCCUUCCUCCCAGGUCUCCUCUUCACUGCACAACUUGCUCGCCCGCUCUCCUUUCCGCGGCAAGAACGUGCUGUCUGUGAACCAGUUCACUCGCGCUGAUCUCCACACCCUCUUCACUGUGGCCCAGGAGAUGCGUCUUGGUGUCCAGCGCCAUGGCGUCCUUGAUAUCCUCAAGGGUCGUGUACUGUGCACUCUGUUCUACGAGCCCUCCACUCGCACAUCCGCAUCGUUCGAUGCCGCUAUGCAGCGUCUGGGUGGUCGCACCAUCCCCAUUUCCACAGAGCACUCCUCCACCCAAAAGGGUGAGACCCUCCAGGAUACCAUCCGUACCCUGGCCUGCUACGGUGAUGCAGUGGUUCUGCGCCACCCCAGCCCUACCAGCACCGAUGUUGCUGCCAAGUUCUCGCCAGUUCCCAUCAUCAACGGUGGCAACGGCUCCGUCGAACACCCUACCCAGGCCUUCCUGGACCUCUUCACUAUCCGUGAGGAGCUCGGCACCGUUGCGGGUCUGACCAUCACCUUCACUGGUGACCUCCGCUACGGCCGCACCGUCCACUCCCUGAUCAAGUUGCUCCAGUUCUACGAUGUUCAAGUGCAGCUUGUUUCCCCCAAGGAGCUGGCUCUGCCCGAGGACGUCCGCCGGCAGCUAGUUGCCUCUGGCCAGCUCCGCCUCGAGUCUGAGGAGUUGACACCCGAGAUUGUCGCUCGCUCAGACGUUCUGUACUCCACCCGUGUACAGAAGGAGCGUUUCUCUGACCUCGACCAGUACGAGCGUCUUAAGAACAGCUUCGUCAUUGACAAUGCUCUCCUGAAGCAUGCCAAGAGCCACAUGGUCGUCAUGCACCCUCUGCCUCGCAACGCCGAGAUCACCGAGGAGGUCGACUUUGACCAGCGUGCGGCUUACUUCCGCCAGAUGCGCUAUGGCCUGUACUGCCGCAUGGCUCUCUUGGCCUUGGUUCUGGCACCUUAG